AUGGAUCGCCCCAUUUCCGUGAAGCUCGGCAACAUAUUAGCUGCUAUCGAUCAAAUCGAAGCCUUUCUAGGGCACAUCUUCUACGCCCUGAGCUGUGCCGCGAUGCCUGGUUUCUGGGUCGAGACUCUGAUCUUCCGGAUGCUCGGUCUCAACACGCAGACGGGUUUCCGCAUGUUUCCUCCGGCCGACGUCGUCUCCUACCUCGACACGACCUUGGCAUACAGCUAUUCUCUGAUCAUGGUCAUGUGCAUCCCCUACUUUCUGUAUAUGGACCAACCUUCACGGAGCGGGCCCCUCGGCAGAAUGCUCCGUCCUUUGACCACACGGGUCAGCCCCUCCUUGCAGUUCUGCAUCAUGCUUGUUCGCGUCUGGCUGGCUGCAGCUUGGAUCAACUCGGGAGCGGUUCAGUUCAUGAUUGACCACGUCAAGUGGAAGCUUGCCUGGCGCUACGGGAGUCUGAUUUUGAUCUUGUAG